AAGGGAAAAUCAUUGAUCACAUCAAACAAGAUCAGCAAGACCCAAAAACAGAAAAUUACAGAUCAUUUGUAUUCACCAACAGACCAAACCCGGAAAAGAAAACUCGCUCAUUUUCAGAGAUAAUAUCAAAAAAUACGCUCACUGAAAGUGUGUGUGUGACCUAAUCUUUAUCAAAUACUCUAUCAAUGAAUGAAUGUCUUCCCCUGGUGGAGAUGCCAACCUCGAUAUGACCAAAGCCACCGACACCGUCAUCAUCACAAGCGACACCGCCAUCACACCUGAUAGUUCCGUCAAGAACGAAAAGAAAAAGAAGUCUAUCAUUCCUAGACUUUUUGGUGCAAAGCGAACCGCGCGUGAAAGCUCAGAAUCAGAUGGUGAUGGAGAUCUCGGUAUAUCUCUUUCCUUUUCUUUCUCUCUCUUUCUGUCUCUCUCGUGCUCUUUCAAUAAGUUUUUUUCCUUAAUAGAUUUGGAGAAAAAGAUUGAAGAAAGGAAAAAAGCUUUCAUGGAGGCAGCCCCAAUGAUGAGAAAGAGUUUUUCAGAAAGACAUACAAGUCCGGGGAUUCAAAGCCUAAACCUAUCAAACUUUGAACAACACUCUAUGUUGCCAUCAAUUGAGACUAAAGAAUUCAGGAUAUUCGUGGCCACAUGGAAUGUAGGAGGAAAGUCUCCCAACAAUGGCCUCAACCUUGAAGAUUUCUUGCAGGUCGAAGGCUCUUCAGACAUCUAUGUGUUAGGGUUUCAGGAAAUCGUCCCUUUAAGUGCUGGAAACGUGUUAGUGAUCGAGGACAACGAACCAGCUGCAAAAUGGCUAACCCUUAUAAGCCAAGCCCUAAAUAAACCCCAGAAUGCGUGCACCAAUACGUUUUGUUGUUCUUCAGAUUCUUCGAGUCAUGGUUCCAAUAAGUCCUCACAUAACAAGGAAUCCAAGUCCCCAGGCAGUCUCAACUUCUUUCAGAAGCCUUCUCUCAAAGUUAUCAGCAAAAGCUUCAGGGCAGACAGUAGAAUUCUCAAGUCUUGUAACUGCCCCUUUGAAUUUCCAUCUCGUGAAAGACGGCGGCUAAGAAAACUCAGUGAUCCUGCAGAUAGUAAAUUAGACUCCUCAUAUGGUUCUUGUGACGGUAGGGUAGACGAAUUUCUUGCAACUGCAGGGUUACAGUCGCUUCCUUCCUCCGAGAUGAGUUACUCUCUCAUAACAAGCAAGAAGAUGGUAGGGAUUUUCGUAUCAGUUUGGGUUCGAAGAGAGUUGGUACAACACGUUGGCCAUCUUAGAGUUUCUACCGUGGGAAGAGGAAUAAUGGGUUGCCUUGGAAAUAAGGGAUGCAUAUCAAUAAGCAUGACGUUGCACCAAACAAGCUUUUGUUUCGUGUGCAGUCACUUGGCUUCCGGCGAGAAGGAAGGCGAUGAACUGAAGAGGAAUGCGGAUGUGGUGGAGAUCCUGAAGGGCACACAAUUCCCCAAGAUUUGCAAGAAUCCAAAUCGUCUUCCUUGCGAAAGAAUAGUUGACCAUGAUCGCGUAAUAUGGCUAGGAGAUUUGAAUUAUCGGGUGGCUUUGAGCUAUGAAGAAACUAGGGUUUUGUUGGAGGACAAUGAUUGGGAUGCACUUCUAGAGAAAGAUCAGUUGAAUAUAGAGAGAGAAGCUGGGAGAGUAUUUGAUGGGUUCAAAGAGGGACAAAUCUACUUUGCCCCCACUUAUAAGUAUUCCCAUAAUUCAGACUCUUACGCAGGAGAAACUGCCAAGUCCAAGAAGAAACGACGAACCCCUGCAUGGUGUGAUAGGAUACUAUGGCGCGGUGAAGGUUUCGAACAGUUGUCCUAUAUCCGGGGUGAAUCAAGAUUCUCCGAUCACAGACCUGUUUGUGCUGUGUUUUCAGUUGAAGUGAACCUACUUAGAAGCAAAAACAACAGAUUCAGAAAGGGUUACUCGUGUGCUGCUCCAAGAUUCGAAUUUGAUGCCUGCAUGCCUCAAAGACACAGCUUCUAUGAGUUAUAAUAGAAACAUCAGAUCGCUCAAUCAAAAUAUUGUACAUUGCAUUAGGGAAGUUAGGAAUUACUUUUCCACCCUUUUUUUUUUUUUUUGCUUCGUAAAUUUUCUGGUUCUUUUGUAGAAGAGAAAGAAGAUUAAACAAAUGAACAAAAUAGGGAACAUUCAUGUAACCGGUGAGGCUUUGUUACGGUGUAAGGAGGUAGAAAGGUUGACGUUUAUAGAUUACAAUGUAGACGAGGACAUUACUAAUAUAAAUAGGAAUAAGUAAACAAAAGAAUUAAUCCAGAUGUGAUCGAUGAAUAAAUGUGGGACAAAAAAGUUUAGUGAUACAUAGCAACAAGCCAACAAACAGAAAUUGUGAACAUUUGACCUUAUAAAUUAUCAUAAUCAUAUCCCAUGUCCCAAAUUGAAGUUGAGUCUUGAUUCACCUGUGAGAUCCCUUCUUCUGGACAUAAAUUCAAAUCCAUUUUUUGCCUUUGAAUCUCAAAUGCUGCAUCCAAAGCUAAUUCUUCCAUUCCACCUUCCCAGUAAGUAUUUGGAAAACCAGACAGGCCGGACCACUCCACCGACUUCGUUUAUGCUGGCCUUUUGUAAGUCCAUAUUAAUCCAUUCCACCACACUUUCGAAUCCUGAAUCAUUUGAGGAAUGAUCAUACGAAGAACUUGUGUCAACCUCCCGCAUUGAAUCAGAAACAUUAUUUUGAUCAUGGCCUGCCCUUGAUUUCUUAUCCACAAAGCCUAAACCUAAUUCACUGUUUGAAGUUUUUGGAAGAACAUGUGGAGCAUCGAUCCAAUUCAGAGCAAUCGUCAUCAAACAUGCA